AUGACCGCAUUCCUCCGCCUCCUCUUUCAGAGCCUGGGUGGUGUCCAAUCAAGGCAUUUUCUUCGUCGUCGUGUUCGUCGUCAUGGUGGUUUGGCCGAAAUGUGCAGCUUUACUGUCGGCUGUGUGUCAUUUAGUGUGUGCGGCGCGCUGGGCGAUGUAGACGUCGAAUCAAAAGAGUGCCAGCAUCGGCUCUUUGCGUGGGAGGAUAAGAUGGCGUGGGAAAAGCUAGGCCCAUAA